AUGCUACAAAGAAUUGUCCUCACUGUACUCCUGGUACAGACAUUUAUAAACGGGGUGUUUUCAACGAAUCUCUAUCCGAAUCCGCAUAAAUGCAUGCAACUUAUCAGAGAAGGGGGAUCGAUCGCAUGCAGUAUCACAGGAGAAGGUGGUUAUGCAGGUAUGAGCAUUCAAAACUGCUGGAUUUCAUGCAACAAUGGCUCAAAUACGUUCUUUUUACCACAUAAGUCAUGUGACAGAGCAUUAGAUGUGAGUUGGUGGCUUACGUACCAGCAGUUACAUCAUAAUGAACUCCCUCCACUCGAAUACGAGGAAUGCGACGAGGAAUUUGAAAAACGUCUCGAGUCUUGGGUUGAUAACUGGAAGACGUAUGAAAAAAACGCCAAGAAAACUCUCUGUAAAUAA